AUGACUCAUGCAAGUUUGGUUUGUUGUAGAUGGCAACCAGGAGAUGUUGCUAUCCUUAAGGUUUUGCACCUGUGGAUGAUAAGCAAUAGCAUCAAGUUCACUAUUGAUGGGCUGGAAAACCUCACCCUGCAGCCUACUCACAGACUAGAACUUGCUCAGUUAUAUUCCAUACCCCAGUGGAUUGCUCCAGCAAUCCACAAGAUCAUAUUACUGUCACUUGUGAACACUACCAAUACUGAGGCUGCUCAGAUGGGCUGGUGCAAGGAGGCAUGGUCAGGAUUCUGGUGGAAGAAAGUAGCUCAUGUGAUCCUCCACCCAACAAACCCACUCCCACUGGCACAGACCCUCCAACUCAUCAUUGAGGCCCCAUUACCUGAUGAAUUAGAUGGGCUUGAGGUCAAGGAGAGGAUUAUCGAGGGGGUCAUAAGAGCAGUCACUUUGUAUUUCAGCUCCCUGUAACAUAUUUCCAGUAGAAACUGUGGGUGUGAUGAUAGGUUGUUGCAUAGAAGCCAGGAUUUUAUGUCAGAAAAUCAAAAAAAACAUAAAUGUAAUGAAAAUGAGCAACAAAUGAUUAGGAUAACCUCUACAGUGAAUAACAUGACAUAAUUAAUUGUGGCAAUGGGGGAGUUGAACAGCAGAGCUUCCUGGCUAAAUCCUGCACAGCAACGCAACAGGGACCAAGUUACCACUACACUAUCCUG